GGAGAGUGUUUUGCCAUUUUAUCGUGGCUCACCGGACAUUGUGCAUCACUUAUAAUGUUAGCAUCUAGGUUCAAAAAGUUGUGCACCUGUUUUACUUCGUAUCAAGAUAUUCCAGCAAUUCUCCUACUAAUGCUAUUAUAUGUUUUUCAGGUUGGUAAAAACAUCGGUUAUACACGAUCGAUUUUAUUCAAUAUCUAUACUUAGAUAUUAUUCUUUUUUUAUCCAGUUAUGUAAAUUUUCAUGUUGGGGCCUAAAAUAUGUACAUAUAAGCUAUUUUGGUUACACAAAUCGACCGAAUUUUGUCAGCGUACACAUUUGCUGACCAUGGUCAAAAUCUGUCUGUACUUUUAUUUAGCUGUAAGGACCAAGGGGCUGAAAUGCCUGUUUUCAUCGUAAACAAGAGUGUCAUUACUUAGGAGGGCAAGGUAUUUGGUCUUAAGUAACUGUGUAGAGACGUUUGUUGUCACUCUCUGAUUGAAUGAUCGUGGUUAAUAUAUUGCCUUUCCGAGCCACGAAAAUUCGAGUUAAAGGUAACUACAAGAUACCCUGACAGUUGUGAUUGGGCAAUCUUAAUUCCAUUAUUUAAGUGAGAUAUACAUAUUUCUAUGAAUACUUCGGCACAUGAAGCCUCAUACGAUGUCUAAAACCAUUAAAAAUUGCCAUUGACACUAUUUUCUGAGUAUUUUUUUAACGUAUUUAAUAUUCCAUUCGUCGCUUGUCCUAAUGGUAGUCAUUGUAGUAUGUCUGGAUUCACGGGCUUGUCUUCAAAUUUUUCUUCCGUACUUUCCCUUAGACUUUAUAUAUGUAAGUGAAUACGCAUAACCUCCUCCUUGUCCUAAAGAAAUGCCCUUCGUUGUUGUAGAUAGUCUUUUUGAAAUUGUAAUGUUGGCACAUUUGGUGCCAAUGUUCCAAUACUACUCACACAUUGCUAACAUAUAUUCCUAUUUGAGAUAUCAAUGAGACUCAGCUUUCUGAACACUGUCUUAUUGCGACAACUGAUUUGGUGAUUUGAUUAUAUCAAAGUGCUUUAUGGAAAAUCAUUGGUUUUGGUGUGUUUUAUAAAUAUUAGUUCGUUAGCUUAGUAAAAACCGUGAAUAUUCAACAGCCUUGAUAAAAAACUUGUAAAAGCAGAGUUAAAUACUUUAAGAGAACACAGCCUUUUAAAGUUAAUAACAGUUAGUGAAUAAUGCCUAUGGUAAAGUUCGUAAAACCAAGUGUUAUGAUACGAUAUUUGCUACAAACAUCGUAUUUUAGGGAGAAAUUGUUGGUUUUACUUUUCGCUGUACUAUUUUCGACAAAUCCAAAUUAUUUAUUAAUUUUUAAUAGGGCAUUUCUAUCGGCAUUUCUGCUUCGAUUCCAUUUCUUCUUCAAUCAAAUUACCAUACCGGUGGCUAUAAUUUACAAGCAACAUUUUCAAUAUCAGCUUGGCCUUUUGCUAUGAAACUUCUCUGGGCUCCAAUAGUUGAUUCAAUUUACGUCAAUUUUAUUGGAAGACGGAAGACGUGGCUCAUAAUAACUCAGUAUACAAUUGGAAUUGAGUUAAUUGUGCUAGCAAGUCGUAUCGAUGAUUGGUUUGGACGAGACCCCAACAAAGCGUGGAGUCAGUUGGGAUCACAUCAUCCAGUUGCUAUAAUACCCUUAACUAUAACAUUUUUCGUACUUACAUUUCUGACAGCUACACAAGAUGUUGCGGUUGAUGGCUGGGCCUUGACAUUGCUAUCGAAGAAGAAUGUUGGUUUGGCUUCUACUUGUAAUAAAGUUGGACAGAGCCUUGGUUAUGCGUUAUCAUUUAUUCCCUUAGUUUGCUUAGAGUCUCCUGAUAUUCCUAACAGAUAUCUUAGACGAACGCCUAUAGCAGACAAAGGAUUAAUAACAUUUUCCGGUUUUCUCUAUGCAUGGGGUUUUGGUUUCAUGAUAUUUAACACAGUUUUGGUAAUAUUUAAACAUGAAAAAGGCUCGAAAUUGGAUGGGAUUAUACGUCACUUCGUAAAAAGUCGUUUAUUCAGUAAAUCGAAAUACUCGACGCACUCGUUGAACAGUGAACAGACGGCAAAUAAAAACGAACAAACGGACGGAAGUGAAAAAGUCUCAUUGCUUAAUACAUAUAAGACUAUUAUUGGUGUUAUCCAACUGAAACCUGUCGCGUUGUAUUUGAUAUUGAUAGUUUCAGCAAAGGUAUGUGCUUUUGGUACAUAUACAGCUACAAAUUUAAAGCUAAUCGAACAGGGCUUUGCUAAAGAGAAACUGGCAUUAUUAAACCUUGGAUUUUUGCCAAUGGAAUUUAUUUUACCCUUGUUAUUUGUACGUUUUACUACUGGACUGAAACCAUUGACUACUGGUCUAAUGAUAUUUUUACCAAGGUUACUGACAAAUUGUUUAUUUAUUCCAAUUAUUCAUUUCAUACCGCAUUUUCGAAUGAUUUCAAAUGAUACCUUAAUGAUGAAUAAUUCGAAUAUGACAACAUUAAAUAAUUACACAACUAAUAAUAUUAAUAAUCAUACAAUUAUUUUAAUGAAAGAUAAACCAACUUAUUCAUUUCCAUUGAUAUUCUAUGCAAUAUUAAUAAGUGGCUUCCUUUUGGAUAAAAUUACAGCAACAGUUAUAUUUGUACAAUUUCAAGCGUUUAAUGCCAAAAUAAGUGAUCCGAUUAUUGGAGGAACCUAUAUGACAUUAUUGAAUACUGUAUCAAAUCUUGCUGGUGCUUUAGGAACUACUGUCUCUCUCGCUCUAAUAGAGCGUUUGACAAUUCAUUCAUGUACGAAAAAUGCCAGUCAUUCUGGAAUACAUACAAACACUAGUGGGGUAUUUUUAAAUAGUUCAUUGGCUACUGAAAAUACCACUUGCUAUGCUUUAGAUGGAAAUAACACAUGUAUUAAUCCAAUAGAAUCAUGCGUUAAAGUAUUCGAUGGAUACUAUAUUGAAGUGAUAGCUCUUCUCUUCGUUGGUUCAAUAUUAUUUGUAUUGUUCUUUUAUCCAAAAGCAAAAUAUUUGCAAAGUUUACCAGCAACGAAAUUUUAUUACAAUCCAACUACUGAUGAAUACAGCUGUUUUGGUCGUAAAUUUAACUGUUGUCGUAAAACGGAAAAUCAGUCUUUAACUAUAGUUGAUUAUUUUGAAAGUAUGGAAAACAAUACUGAUACUACUAGUACUGCUGCUGUUGCUACUACUACUACUACUACUACUACUACUACUACUACUAAUAAUAAUAAUAAUAAUGAUAAUAAUGGUGAAAUCAAAUUACUACUGAACAAUUAAUAUAUAUAUAUAUAUAUGGCCACUGAUUAUUUUUUUAUUCAUUUAUUACCAAGAUGGAUAUUUUCAUAAUUAUGGUGAAUUUUUAUAUUCGGUUACUAAUAUUUUCUACUUACAAAGAACAAUUUGAAAAUUUUAUCCUUUUUUUAAAUUAUUUGUGGAAAAAAAUUAAUUUAAAGCUACUUUUCUUCUUUCUUUAAAGAAAAAACAGAACUGUCAUUUAUUUUGUGUCGCAGAUAUUCUAACUUUGUAAACUAAUGUGUAACCUUGUUUACUUAUAUUUUCAUUAUGCAUAAAUGAUUCGUGAAAAAUAUUAUCCUAUUAGUAAUGAAUGAUGAUAACCGUUACUUAAUGAAGAAAAGGAGAUGAAGUAUGUUUAGUGUUAUGUUCUCACUGUUUUUUUGUUUAUUGUUUUUUGUUGUAUUCGAAAUGUUUUAUUUCUAUUCAGUUGGUUGGAUAUAUGAGAUCACGAAAUCAAUAACUGUCAUAUGUUUUUAUAUGUAAAUGGAAGAAACAACGAUCCACAGAGAGAGAGAGAAUGAGAGUGAGUAGUGAUAUACAACGUAACUUUUGAUUUCUAAAUUUGCAGGGCAAUAUGAUUGUUAUUUUUAUAAUGAUUUUGUACUUAUCUACAGUCAGUUUGUAUAUAACGAACGAUAUAUAAAGUUGAGUUAAAUAAAUUUGAAUGAAUGAAUCUGCAAUCUUCUAAUUGGUGGAUGUGUUUAAAUGUUCCGUUGAUGAAGCGUUUUAUACAAUAAAUACCGUCUUC